AUGAGAACUGUUGCCAUCUUCGCUGCUGCCAUUGCCUUUGUGGCACCCGUCCUCGCUCAAUCUGACGCCGCUUCGGUCCUUUCCAGCUUGCCCAGCUGUGGUGUAUGUAGUAUUGUCACUCUUCAUCAACUCUGGUUUACUGACAACCUCACCAGCAAACAUGUAUCCUUAGCGGUAUCUCUGCCACCGGCUGCUCACCUACCGACUCCGCUUGCCUGUGCUCCAACACUGCCUACCAGUCUGGCGUUGCUUCCUGCGUGA